CGGGGCGUCCCGUUUGAAUAUAACGAUGCGAUGACUCCGCCAGCGGUUAGUGUUCAAGUUACUACUGAUAAGUCAUGUGCUCCUAGUACUUUUGGUCUUUUAUUAUGAGAAUUACUUGGAAGACCGGCUACAGUAGAUAUUUUAAACACAUCGUCAGAUAGCGAAGCUUUUAUUUAGUUUUGUGUGUUUCUGUGACAAGCUUUUUUCCUAAGCCUUUGAUAAAACGUGCUAUUCCAGUGACUACGAAUAAGUUAUUAAUCAAACCAUGGACGGUCCACCGGGCCCUGCUGACGUCACGCCGGGCGCCACGGACGGCGCGUGCGCAGACAGCUGUCAGUGUGACAGGACCCAGCCGAAGGUGCAAGUCAAGAGCAAGAGGCAUGGCAGAGGAGCUGUGGAGUCAGGUCUGACGCACGAAUGCGGGGUGUUCGGCGCUAUUGGCGCAGGCGAGUGGCCCACCCAGGUGGAUGUGUCGCAGGUCAUAUGUCUCGGCCUGGUGGCCUUGCAGCACAGAGGGCAAGAGUCCGCCGGAAUCGUGACGUCAGAGGGCAAGAGCGCGCGCACCUUCAACCAGCACAAGGGCAUGGGGCUCAUCAACAACAUCUUCAACGACGAGGCCAUGAGGAAGCUCAAGGGGAACCUCGGCAUUGGACACACCAGAUACUCGACCUCAGCGGCCUCCGAAGAGGUGAACUGCCAGCCCUUCGUGGUGCACACGGCUCACGGAGCCCUCGCCGUCGCACACAACGGAGAACUCGUUAACUGCAGCAGUCUGAGGAAGAUGGUGCUGGGCCGCGGCGUGGGGCUCUCCACGCACUCGGACUCGGAGCUGAUCACGCAGGCGCUCUGCCUCAACCCGCCCGAGGGCGAGACCGACGGGCCCGACUGGCCCGCGCGCAUCAACCACCUCAUGACACUGGCCCCGCUCUCCUACUCGCUGGUGAUAAUGUUCAAGGACAAGAUCUACGCGGUGCGCGACCCCUACGGCAACCGGCCGCUCUGCCUCGGCAAGAUCCUGCCCAGCGGCUCCUCAUAUGUUUACAAAAACAAAAAGAAUUUCUCACAGUCACAGCAUGAGUCCAAUAACGUCCUCACCAACGGCUGCGCUAAGAACGGGCUGGAGGACAAGGCGGAGGGCUGGGUCGUGUCCUCCGAGUCCUGUGGAUUCCUCUCUAUCGGCGCCCGCUACGUCCGCGAGGUGCUCCCCGGGGAGAUCGUGGAGAUGUCCCGACGCGGCGUGCGCACAGUGAGCGUGGUCCCGCGCCCGCCCGGCAAGCACCAGGCCUUCUGCAUCUUCGAGUACGUGUACUUCGCCAGGGCGGAUAGUAUCUUUGAGGGUCAAAUGGUCUACUCAGCGCGCAUGCAGUGCGGGCGCAUGCUCGCGCGCGAGUCGCCCGUCGACGCCGACAUCGUGUCGUCCGUGCCCGAGUCCGGCACGGCCGCCGCGCACGGGUACGCUAGGCAGUCGGGCGUCCCAUUCAUGGAGGUCCUCUGCAAGAACCGCUACGUGGGGCGCACGUUCAUCCAACCCUCGACCCGCCUGCGCCAACUUGGGGUGGCCAAGAAGUUUGGAGCCCUGUCCGAGAACGUGAAGGGGAAGAGGAUAGUGCUGAUCGAUGACUCCAUUGUGAGGGGCAAUACGAUUGGCCCGAUUAUUAAGCUGUUGCGGGAUGCUGGCGCUCAUGAGGUGCACAUAAGGAUAGCGUCCCCGCCGCUGAAGCACCCGUGCUACAUGGGCAUCAACAUCCCCACCAAGGAGGAGCUGGUGGCCAACAAGAUGGACUCCGUGCAGCUGGCUGAACACGUCGGAGCGGACAGUCUCGAGUACCUGAGCGUGGAGGGUCUGGUCUCCGCGAUCCACUACAACAUGAAGCUGACCCCGAGCGACGGUCUCGGCGGCCACUGCACUGCGUGUCUCACCGGGGAAUACCCGGGAGGCCUGCCCGAUGACACUGACUGGUGAACGAGUGAAUGAAUGAACGAUAAGUUGUAGUUGUUUGUGGGUUGGCAGCGCUUGGCGGAUAAAAAGUUGGCUUGGUUUUUUUAGAGAUCUUUUUUGUGAAAUAGUUUUCGGGUGAGUCGUGAAUUUGUUGCCCGAGGAUUUGUUGUUUAUGAUUGCCAGAUUGAUUUAGAGAUGUUUAGUGAGUGAAUGAAUAAAAGUUUACAACUGUGUCUGUCUACGGCGAAUGUUGUGUAAUAAAUUCCAGUCAUAUCUCAUAUAAAUGCUCAAAUUAUACCCAGCUAUAAGUGAAUACAUACAAGCCAAGAAAUAAAUCCUCGGGUGCUGCCUCCAGAAUAAUCUCUGCCGUUAAAUGUACUAAUGUGUCAUGCUUGUGGCGACGUGAACUUUAUUGAGUUCAUGACAGUAAUUCCGAUUUAUUAUACUUUCGUUUAGCGAAUCUAUUAUUAUUUUCGUUACAUUUGAUUUAAGAUAUGCCUUAGGGACCAAAUGUAGUAGUGUGAUUAAGUGCGACUUAUACCAACUAUUUUUGGAGAUUUCAUCCCAGUUUUGGUAUAGGCUGCCCUUAACAUAUUUUUAGAAUAUACAUUAAUUUAAACUCAAUAGCUGUAAGUUUACGACCAAAAUAGCAAGAUUCUAAACAAAAUGUGGUAGGUGUUAAAUACAGCCUCAAAAAAAGUUUCAAUAUAUAUUUUUAUAAAGUUUACAAUUAAAUCAAUUGUAUAGAUACUUAGCAAUAUUUCCAAGUGCCUUUCCUAGAAUGUAAGAUUAUAUUUUAAUUGUUAUUUAUGUUGCGGCCACCGAAGCGUAGAGAUUUUAACCUUUCCGGUUUUAAGAUGACUUGCAAUUUGUUACGAAGUCAUUUUAAAAAACUUGAUGAGAAUAUUUAGAUUGCAUCAAUUGUUAUCGCUGAUUAAAAACUGCUUGAAAAACGACCAUGAAGUUUUUUGUCAUUGAACAGUGGUUUUAGAAGCCGAUAUUACCGUUUUGGUACUAGGCAGCUAUUGUUACUUAUCAAGAAAUAACUUUGGGUUUUUUAAAUUCUUUUUUAUUGUAGUUUUAGUCUAUAUUGUCUCUAGGGUUCGUUGGCCCCGACAUGUUAUUGUAUUUGAUAAGUGGUCGUGCUGGUUUCGACUAUCAAUUUUAUUGUUUCCUAGAUAUUGAUCUGAGAAUACAUACUUGGCUCGAAGUGUUUAUACAUUCCUAGAUUUCCUAGUGAUCGAAUGUUCGUGAAGUUGUCACAUAAAUUAUGUUUAUUUUGUGAGGUGUUCACGUUUACUUUUACAUGUACAAUUAAGUGCCUUUAGAAACUGGAUAUUCCUAAAAUAAAUUGUUUCUAUUUACUAAA